UCUGUAUUAAACACAGCUCAUUAUUUCCAUUCGGCACGAAACAUAGGAUUGGCUUAGGCGACUGUCACUCUCUCGCAACCAUGGCAACCACCCUUUUGCCACACAUGACCUGCCCACUUGCGCGCGCACGUUUGAUUUGAGAAAUUCAAGAGGCACGGAUCCUAGGAAUACCAAAACAAUGGCAGAGCAAGCAAAAUUCACAGUACCUUCCUAUGCAGUUACUGAAGGCAAACCAGGCAAAAAAAGGAAGACCGUACCAGUACAAGAAAAGGCAAUGAACAAAAAGUCUUUGGAUAAACAAAGAAAUAAAACGCGAGUUAAUAUCGGCGUGGCUUUCCAGCGAUGGCGAGAACUGAGGGAACUCAAGGGGCUGAAAAGUGACUCCUUGAUGGCUUUAUUUCUGCUGGACAGUUAUGAGAAAGACAUAUCAACGUCCACACCAUCGAAAAGUGGAUUUACAAUGGCACCACCACCUGUAUCCACUAUUGUCUCGGAGUCGCUUUCUGACCGAGAUGAUGACUUCUCAGUCCCUGGAGUUGAAGAGUUGGAUAGUAGCAGCGUACAGGAUAAAAACAUUCAGGAAUUAGAUGCAAGUAUGUCAUCACUGGAUCUGGAUGUCAUCAGUGAAGAUGAAUUUAACAACAUUAAAAACUCAGUUAUCGAUUGGGAAGAUGACACCUGGUGUCCUGAUAUGGAGACAAAGUCUGUGUCAUCAUUUGAAGAAGACGAAACAAAGGAAAUAGAUACAGACUAUGAUGACAGUGAUGAUGAGGACUAUAUCGCACAUAUUUGUGUGCGGACUGGCGGUGCACUGAAGACUCCGAUUUGUCUGAAUUCCCUUCAAACAAUUAGUAUGGAGGACACUGUGCACGAUGCUGAAGACAACUCCCAAGACCCUACUAUUGCAGACAUACAUCCAAUCCCAGAGACUACUAAAAUCAUGGUUGAGGAUGACAUAAUUGGCCAGCCAGCAUCUAUAACAUACCACAGUUGUCUGAAGCUGCUUGCCGAAUAUCUUGUUCUACCUGUGAACAUGUGUACUGCUAAGGACACAAACACAAAUGCAGAGUGUGGGGCACAUAAACCAUUUGAGGUCAACAUCCAUUCCAGGGGUACAGCUGCAAUUGUGGAAUGGAUAUGUUGUAAUGGUCACACUGUUUGGAAAUGGUCUUCACAGCCCAAUUUUAAAUAUGGAAUGCUUGCUGGGGACUUUAUGUUGGCGUGUAACAUACUGCUGUCUGGCAACAACUAUGCCAAGAUUUCACUUCUCUUUAAAUUUAUGAAUAUGAGGAUGGUGGAGAAGUCAUCUUUUUUCCGAAUACAAGACUCAUACUGUGUGGACACCAUAAAGGAAUUCUGGAAGGAGAAGAGAGCUGAAAUCAUUGCCCAACUACAGUCCAAAGGGCCUAUUGUGGCCUUAGGUGAUGCUCGGAUGGACAGUCCUGGAUUCUGUGCACAGUAUUGCACAUAUUCAACAAUGGAAAAUGAAACUAAACAUAUAAUCAGUAUGGUCAACAUCGACAAGAGGGAGACCAUGAGGAACUCUGUUGUAAUGGAGAAAGAGGCCUUUCAACAGACCUUCGAGGCACUCCGUCAAGAAAUAAACUUGACUGAAAUUUGUACCGAUGCUCAUUCUCAAAUAUCAGCUCUCUUCAACAAAGGGAAAUACAGAGACAGCGGAGUCCACCACACUCUGGACGUCUGGCAUGGGUCCAAAAACUUGAGCAAAAAAAUUCAUGCAGCAGGGCAGCAAAAGGGGUGUGCCAUUCUCCAGAUGUGGAAUAAAGACAUCUGCAACCACUUCUGGUACUGCUGUAAGACGGCCGAUACCUAUGAAGAGUUUAUUGACAUGUGGGUGGGAGUCCUGCACCAUGUCACAGGAGAACACACGUGGGCUCUUGGUGAGUGUAAACAUGGCCCCUUGCUGGACGACAGAGAUAAAGAAUUGAUUGAGAGUGGUUCAGUGGCACAUGAGAGGCUGGCUGAAAUUAUUCUCGAUGAACGCUGGCUGAAGGUCGUCCCCAAGUAUCUGAAUUUCAGGUCAACUGCAGAUUUGGAGUCGUUUCACAACCACAUACUGAUGUACGCCAGCAAGCGCUUCAGCUUUUCCCCACCAGUUUAUGCUGCUCGUACCAUGCUGGCUGGCCUCGAUUACAACCAUCAUCUCCAUAGACCAGCCAGGAGAAAAGCUGAUGGCACAAUUCAGUAUGGCAAGGUGUACAACAAAAAGUCCAGGAAGUGGAGGUUAUACUCAUUGAAGGUGGAGAAGGACUACAGCUACAUCUCUGACCUACAGCGUGCCAUCCUCCUUCGACGGAUAUCAGCUAAUAAGGGGAUUCCUAGAAGCAGAACCAGGAGACCUGAUGAUCCCCGUCAACAUGGUGUACUGUCUGGUGCACCUGCUCCAUCAACACAGGAGCUAUUGCAAAUUCAAGUCAGCAGAGGGUUAGGUCAAUCGCUGCCGAAACAAUGAAUAAUCUCCACAGGACCAUAGCUGAUGUGAUGCUACGUCCCAAGUCUGACCCAUCUACCAGUCAAGAUACCUCUGGAAACCCAAUGUCUUAUGUGUUAUUGUUGAUUGUGCUAAUGUUUUUUAUAUUUGUGAUUAUAGUUUCUAGCUUUAGUAAUACAGAAAUAAAAAAGUGACAUUCUA